AUGCGCUCGACCCUGCUGAGCUCUUUGUCGACUUUGCGCGCCAGGCCUGCUCGAACGAUAUCCCGACAGAGCGCGUCACCCUCGAAUGCUGUGCUUGUGCCUCUGUACAUGUUGCGACUGAACUGGUCAAGUGUGACGAUGACUCGGUCAUCUACAAGGCACAGACCGUCCGGCGAAGAUAGGCCGAGUCAGGUGAACGGACCAGCAUCAAGUCAGCAGAGCGGAGCACGUAGCUUAGCUCGAUCAUCGGCUACAUCUCAGGCCAAGCUCGCCACUCCUCGACUCGACAGUACAGCCAGCUCGCGUCUAGCGGCAGAUCGUCAUCAUGAGGCCGAUGAGCUCGCUACAUCUAUCCUGAGACCCAAGAAAAGCCCAAACCGCCUUGUCGUCGAUGAAGCGACAUCCGAUGACAACUCUGUUGCCACGAUCCAUCCCAACACGAUGGAGACGCUCUCGCUCUUCAGAGGAGACACGAUCAUCGUCAGGGGCAAGAAGCGCAAGGACACCGUCCUCAUCGUCCUCUCCUCAGAGGAGGUCGACGAAGGCAAGAUUCAGAUGAACAAAGUCGCACGGCAUAAUCUGCGCGUCAAGCUUGGAGAUGUCGCCAAUGUCCACGCCUGCUCCGACAUCAAGUAUGGCAAGCGCAUCCACGUCUUGCCUUUUGAUGACUCUGUCGAAGGCCUCACCGGCAAUCUGUUCGAGGUCUUCCUCAAGCCUUACUUCCUCGAAGCCUAUCGUCCCGUUCGCAAGGGCGAUACUUUCCUCGCUAAGGGUGCUUCCCGCUCAGUCGAGUUUAAGGUCGUCGAAACAGAUCCUGCAGAAUACUGCAUUGUCGCCCAGGACACUGUCAUUCAUACUGAGGGAGAACCUAUCAAGCGCGAAGAUGAAGAGGCCAACCUGGCUGACGUAGGUUACGAUGAUAUCGGUGGCUGCCGGAAACAGAUGGCCCAGAUUAGAGAGCUCGUCGAGCUACCCCUCCGCCACCCGCAGCUGUUCAAGUCGAUCGGUAUCAAGCCGCCUCGAGGCAUUCUCAUGUUCGGCCCUCCCGGUACGGGCAAGACACUCAUGGCGCGUGCUGUCGCCAACGAGACGGGCGCAUUCUUCUUCCUCAUCAACGGACCAGAGAUCAUGUCCAAGAUGGCCGGAGAAUCCGAAUCCAACCUCCGCAAAGCAUUCGAAGAGGCCGAGAAGAACGCACCUGCUAUCAUCUUCAUCGACGAGAUCGACUCGAUCGCGCCAAAGCGUGACAAGACGAAUGGCGAAGUCGAACGACGUGUUGUCUCUCAGCUACUGACGCUCAUGGAUGGCCUCAAGGCUCGCUCCAACAUUGUCGUCAUGGCUGCAACGAACAGGCCCAACUCGAUAGACCCCGCACUUCGACGCUUCGGUCGUUUCGAUCGUGAAGUCGAUAUUGGCAUCCCUGAUGCGACCGGCCGACUCGAGAUCCUGCGCAUCCAUACCAAGAACAUGAAGCUCACUGACGAUGUCGACCUCGAAAAGAUUGCGUCCGAGACGCACGGCUACGUCGGCUCAGAUGUCGCCUCGCUAUGCUCAGAGGCAGCCAUGCAGCAGAUCCGUGAAAAGAUGGACCUCAUCGACCUUGACGAAGACACAAUCGAUGCAGAGGUGCUCGAUUCGCUCGGCGUUACCAUGGACAACUUUCGCUUCGCGCUCGGCGUCUCCAAUCCGUCUGCUCUUCGCGAGACAGUCGUCGAAGUACCCAAUGUCACUUGGGACGACAUUGGCGGUCUCGAAAAGGUCAAGAUCGAAUUGCAAGAGACCGUACAAUACCCUGUGGAGCACCCAGAGAAAUUCCUCAAGUACGGCAUGUCGCCCAGCAAGGGUGUCCUCUUCUACGGCCCGCCUGGUACAGGUAAGACCCUGCUCGCAAAGGCUAUCGCGAACGAGUGUCAAGCCAAUUUCAUCUCGGUCAAGGGUCCUGAGCUCUUGUCCAUGUGGUUCGGAGAGUCAGAAGCUGCAGUGCGCGAUAUAUUUGACAAGGCACGCGCUGCCGCACCCUGUGUACUCUUCUUCGACGAGCUCGAUUCGAUCGCAAAGGCACGAGGCGCAUCGGCUGGCGACGGUGGCGGCGCAGGCGAUCGUGUAGUCAACCAGAUCCUGACCGAACUCGACGGUGUAGGUGCAAAGAAGAAUGUCUUUGUCAUCGGUGCGACGAACAGACCGGAUCAGAUCGACUCUGCGCUCAUGCGUCCUGGUCGUCUCGAUCAGCUCAUCUACAUCGAUCUGCCGGAUCAGCCCGCUCGUUUGUCCAUCUUGAAAGCAACCCUCAAGCGUUCACCCAUUGCGCCAGAUGUGGAUCUCGACUUUUUGGCGAAGAGCACGCAUGGCUUCUCGGGUGCCGAUCUUGCUGAGAUCUGCCAGCGCGCUGCCAAGUUAGCCAUUCGCGAGUCGAUCGAGAAUGACAUUAGACGGCAACGCGCUGCCGACGAAAAGGCAGCCGCUGCUGGCGAAGGUGCUGAGGGCGAGCAAGAGAUCAAGAUGGAAGAUGCCGAGCCAGAAGUCGAAGAAGACCCAGUUCCUGAGAUCACUCGCGUACACUUUGAAGAGGCGAUGAAGGGCGCAAGACGCUCAGUUUCGGACAGCGAUAUCCGACGCUACCAGAUGUUCCAGCAGACCUUGCAACAAGCUCGCUCCUUCGGCGGCUCGUCCUUCCGCUUCCCAGAUGCAGCAGAAGCAGCCGCAGCAGGCGCACCGGCGGGUGGUGCUGCGUUCGGUCAAGACGAAGCCGAGGAAGACUUGUACGCGUGA